AUGUCGAUUAUCGACACGUCUCAAAGCAAUCACUGGGGUUCUCAAACUGAAACUAAUUCUCCGUGGAGUGUUAAAGCAAACAAACCUCAAACUGAUUCUUGGUCUCAAAGCGUUCCCUGGGGUUCUCAAACUGAAACAAAUUCCCACUGGAGUACUAAAGUAGACAAGCCUCAAAAUGAUUCUUGGGGUUCUCAAACUAUAGACAAGUCUCAAACUAAAACAAAUUCUCACUGGGGUGAUCAAGUCAUAGAUAAUACUCAAAAUUGUUCCUGGGGUUCUCAAACUAAAAUAAAUCCGCCCUGGGGUGUUAAAGCAGACAAGCCUCAAACUGACUCUUGGGGUUCUUCUCAAAGUGAUAAAACCGAUAAGCUUCAACCUAAUUCUUGGGGUUCUCAAACAGUUAAUAAAUCGCAGGCUGAUGCAAUUUCAUCCUGGGGUGUUAAAGCAGACAAGCCUCAAACUGACACUUGGAGUUCUUCUCAAAGUGCUAAAGCCGAUAAGACUCAAACUAAUUCUUGGGGUUCUCAAACAGUUAAUAAAUCGCAGGCUGAUGCAAAUUCGUCCUGGGGUGUUAAAAAAGACAAUCCUCAAACUGACUCUUGGGGUUCUUCUCAAAGUGCUAAAACCGAUAAGCCUCAAACUAAUUCUUGGGGUUCUCAAACAGUUAAUAAAUCGCAGGCUGAUGCAAAUUCAUCCUGGGGUGUUAAAGCUAAUAAGUCUCAAAGUGAUCCCUGGGGUUCUCAAACCUCAAAUAAGUCUCAACCAGAAACAAAAUCAUCUUGGGGUGCUAAAGCCGACAAGUCUCAAAGUGAUAAUUGGAGUUUUCAAGCUGCUAACAAACCCCGAGCUAAUAUAGAUAAGACUCAAAAUAAUCCACGGAGUUCUAAGUUACAAUCCGAAACAAAUUCAUAUAGGGGUGUUAAAGCCGAUAAGUCUAGACGUGAUUCCUGGGGUUCUCAACCUGCAAAUAAGUCCGAACCAGAAACAAAUUUAUCCUGGGGUGCUAAAGCAGACAAGUCUCAAAGUGAUACUUGGGGUUCUCAAGCUGAUAAAUGGGGCUCUCAAGCCGCUAACAAGUCACAAACCGAAACCAAUUCAUCCUGGGGUGUUAAAGCCUAUAAAUCUCGAAAUGAUCCCUGGGGUUCUCAAACUGCAGAUAAGACACAAUCCGAAACAAACACAUCUUGGAGUGUUAAACCCGAUAAGUCUCAAACUGAUAAUUGGGGUGGUUCUCAAGCCGCUAACAAGCCACAAACCAAUGAAAAUUUACCCUGGUGGUAA